AUGGUGGACCCCAAUAGCAAUGAAUCCAGUGCCACAUAUUUUAUUUUAAUAGGCCUUCCAGGCUUGGAAGAAGCUCAGUUCUGGUUGGCCUUCCCAUUGUGCUCCCUGUGCCUUAUUGCUGUGCUAGGUAACCUGACAAUCAUCUACAUUGUGCCGACUGAGCACAGCCUACAUGAACCCAUGUAUAUUUUUCUUUGCAUGCUUUCUGGCCUUGACAUCCUUAUCUCCACUUCAUCUGUGCCCAAAAUGAUGGCCAUCUUCUGGUUCAAUUCCACUAUCAUCCAAUUUGAUGCUUGUCUGCUACAGAUGUUUGCCAUCCACUCCUUAUCUGGCAUGGAGUCCACGGUACUGCUGGCCAUGGCCUUUGACCGCUAUGUGGCCAUUUGCCACCCAUUACGCCAUGCCACUGUGCAUGUUACCAAGAUUGGCCUGGCUGCUGUGGUAUGGGGUACUGCACUUAUGGCACCCCUGCCUAUCUUCAUCAAAUGGCUGCCUUUCUGCCACUCCAACAUUCUUUCCCAUUCCUACUGCCUACACCAAGAUAUCAUGAAGCUGGCUUGUGCUGACAUCCAUGUCAAUAUCAUCUAUGGCCUCAUUGUCAUCAUUUCUGCCAUUGGCCUGGACUCACUUCUCAUCUCCUUGUCAUAUCUGCUUAUCCUCAAGACUGUGUUGGGCUUGACACGUGAAGCCCAAGCAAAGACAUUUGGUACUUGUGUCUCUCAUGUAUGUGCUGUUUUCAUAUUUUAUGUACCUUUCAUUGGAUUAUCUAUGGUGCACCGUUUUGGCAAGCGGCAUGACUCCCUCUUACCCAUCAUCAUGGCCAACAUCUACCUGCUUGUUCCUCCUGUGCUCAACCCUAUUGUUUACGGAUUCAAGACAAAGGAGAUCCGGCAGCGAAUACUUCGUCUUUUCCAUGUGACUACCCAUACUUCAGAUCCCUAGAUGUCAGUGAAAACUUCCCUUUUACUCAAAGUUUUUCAAUUCAGAUUUUAAUGUCAACAUUUUGGAAGACAGUAUUAGCGAAAAAAAAUCUUCACUAGUAGAAACACAACUGAUUCUUUAAACAUGAAACUGGUUGGAGAAUCUCUAUAGGAUAGGGGUAGACCCAUAUACUACUGAUUUCCAUUUUAAAAUAUUUUCCCUUUAUAAUUCUCUCUGUAUAAUUAUUAGAACCAUGAAGUUGUUGUGGCUGGAGGGUUAUUCCUUCCCAUUUAACCAUGUAGUCCAAAUCUCUAAUUGCUUGCACUGAUAGUCCAUAGCAUUCUGAGAUGAGAGUGGCACAUCUAAGGGAUCUUGAUGAAAGGGUUAAGCAUGGCAAAGUAAAAUAAACACAAGAGUGCAGUACAAUCAGAUAAUCUGGCUUAAAACUGUGAUUUCCUCUUCAGAAUCCCCAACUGUUUUGGAUCCCAGGAAAAGAGAUAUACCUGGAUUUCCUUCUUCAAAAUAAUCUCCACAGAGAAUAAAUCAUUUCUGUUCUUCUGGGCACCAGCCCUUAAGAGGAGGAUUAGAAGUAGAACCUUGAAAAGACUAUAGUUACCUACAUGAAUGAGAGAGAACAUAAUCUGUUUUGAGAGUUUUCACAGCUCAUGGACACUUUUCCUUAAUUUUCUUAUCAACCUU